GAAAAAGAGAGAAAGAGGCUGCUGUUUGUUCAUGCGUUUCGUUCUUCCAAGUAUUCCCAAAAAAAAACACAGAGCAACAAAAUAUUUCGCCUCCUUCUCUUCUUCUUCUACUACUCUUCUCUUCCCAUCGCAAAAACCCUAAUUUCCAUUCGAUUUUCCUCUAUAAAAAACCCUAUUCGUAUCCCCCACUCGCUUCUCCUUCCAUCGGUCCCCGUUUCCUCUCUCGGUUUGGGUUUUUUUUGUAACUUUUGCCUUUCUUUUUGUUAUUUUCUCCCUCCUUGGGGAGGAAGCCAUUGUUUCGGUUGAGCGAUUGCAUCUAAAAAUCUCCUGCGUCUUGCGUUUAGACGAACAAUCUCCGUCUGGGUUUGGUUUCGGUGUGUUCUUCCCCUCUUUCGUUCGCGCCCCACCGUUUCAAUUUUCUUAUCCCGGGAAAAUCUUCUUGUGAUGCGUUGAACGAAUUUCGCCGUUGUGUUGAUUCUAGGGCGGGCUGAUUGAUAUCGGGAGUGAUAGUCAUAUAUAGAGAGAUUAUUGCGUAGGUGUUAGGGUUUUCUGGUUUGGUGGCAUCACUGUAAUUCAGGUUAGUCCUCUAAUUGGUGGGUUUAUUGAUAGCGAUGAUGAUCUUCGAGCGUCGUUAGAACCAUCUGUGGGAGAGAGGGAUGUGUAGAGGGUUUUCUCAUUACUGAUUUCGUGCAGCGUUGAGAUUUUUGUGAGAAAUUUCGGAUUGGAGAUUAAGCAGACGAAGGAUUGUGAUUUCUCCCCUGCCCUUUGUGGCUUUAGGUGAUUAGAGGUCAGAGACAUUCAGCAUUUUGUGUAGGACGAAGAGGCUUGAGGGUGGUGAAAGUGGCCAGAGAAUUUGCAAUUUCGUUGCUUUAUUCUGAUGAAGUAUAGCUUUACUGAUGGAGAAACGUGAACCCUCUUUAGUCCCUGAAUGGUUGAGAAGUACAGGUAAUGGUUCUGGUGUUGGGAGUAAAAAUCAAAUUCUGUCAUCUGCUUCUCGUUCAGAUUCGUCUUUGUCACAUAAUAGCAAGAGUAGGAAUUCUAGGAGCAAAAGCGAUGUUGAUUCAGUUCGGUCUCCUUUUCUCGAUCGGUCUUCUUCCACCAAUGCAAGAAGGGGCUUUAGUAAUGGGUAUACAAAAAAUGCAUAUAGUAGUUUCAACGUCAGUAGGAGCAACAGAGAUAAAGACAGGAACAGGGAGAAAGAUAGGUUGAGCUACAUGGAUCCAUGGGAUCACGACACUGCUACUCCUUUCGAAACCUUCUCUAUUGGCAGGGAUCAGGAGAAACUGAGACGAUCACAUUCAAUGAUUACAAGGAAACAGGGCGACCACCUCGCUCAACCAUAUGCAGCGGGAUUGAAUAACGGUGGAAGCAUGAAUUUUUUCAACGGAGGUGGUAUCCUUCCUUUUACCAGCCCUGCAAAGAGCUCCAAAAGAACCGGAUUCGAUAAGGAUUUUCCUUCUCUUAGAGCCGAAGAGACGAAUGGAGGCCCAGACGUUGUGAGAGUCUCAUCUCCUGGUCUAACUCCUGCGGUUCAGAGCUUGUCUGUUGGUAACUCAGGCUUGAUUGCUGGGGAAGGGUGGACAUCGGCUCUUGCAGAGGUUCCCAAUGUUAUUGAGAAGAGUGGUUCUGUGUCCCAUGCUAAUGUUGGUGCUUCGGUUACCUUAACGGGACCGACUUGUCGUAACAUGGCUGAAGCGUUGGUGCAGGCUCCAUCAAGAACUGGUACACCACCACAGGCAUCUUCAAAGAUUCAAAGACUUGAGGACAGAGCGAGGCAGUUAAUACCGGUUGUGCCUUCAGCACCAAAGGGAUCAGUUCUUAACUCUUCUGAUAAAUCCAAGGGCAAACCAAUGGUUCGAAGUGGUGAAAUCGGUCUUGCUUCUUCAAGAUAUACCCACCAACAGUCCUCUAUGCUGCUCGGUAAUCUUCACUCUAAUCCUGGUAAUCAGAUGAAGCCUGAUACUACUAAGAAGCUGGUGAUUCUCAAACCAGCUAGGGAAAAUGGUGUAUCUGCGGUUAAAGAAUCUGGAAGUCCAAGUCGUAUAAUCGACGGCCGAGCUGGUGCUCCUUCCACACAGUCGACUGCUUCCGUCGUGCUAGAUGGAAAAAACGCUGAAAAGAAACUUUCCUUGGCUCAGGCUCAGAGCAGGAACGCGUUUUACAGUGCUCUGAAGAAGAAAACAUCGACAAACAUUUCAUCUGAUCCAUCGAAAACUAGCUCCUGCAUCUCGAAGGAGCUUGUAGCUAGUGACUCUUCAAGUGUGCAGGCUGCAGAAAGAGAUGACAUCGUCAUGGAGAGGGUCGAGAAAGUUUCUGAAGUUGCAGAGAGGAAUAGUUGUUUCGAAUCCGCAGACCGUCCAGACGAAAAAGAGGCUGAGUUCCUUAAGUCCCUUGGGUGGGACGAAAACGAUACCGAGGAGGACGAAGCACUCACAGAGGAGGAGAUCAGAGCCUUCAUUGAACAGUGCAAGAAGCUCAAGCCAUCAUUGGUGCAGAAGCUGCCUAUCAUAGAAGAGGCAACAGAGGACGUAACUCCCAACUCUUGAUCCGAUUUUGAAGAUAGUUUCUCAUUCUCUUUACUUCUUUUCCCUUGGGGGGUUUUAUUUUGGUUAAUUCGGCGGCGUGGACAAGAAUGUGGGGGAGGCUUCAGUUGCAGUAUGAGUGUUAUUUGUACUUCUUCAGAGGUGCAACAAAAUGACUAUGUAUACAUCUUUGUUCUGAAGAACGUAAGAGAGGUUUUGUUUUACCACCUUCUUUAGGUUUCUAAUGUUAGAUGAUAAUGAUGAUGAGGGAAAGAGAAAUUUGUUUGGGGUAAAAAGAAAAUAUUAAAAGGCUUUCUUUAUACUUUAAAAGAAAUUUAACGUUUGCUCUUUUUCCUUAAUUGGGUUUAUGUAUUUUAAUUUGUUCUAUUUUUUCUUCCACCUCAACAGUCUUGUAAUGGUUAAUUUACCUUGUUUAUGCAUUCGUAUGGAAAUGCACUAGUCUUGUU